GUGAAAAAUAGUAAGACAAACAACAAGGACAGCGUUAGCCAAGAACAAAAUAAGGGAAAAUAAAUAAUAUUUGAAUUAGGAGAAAGAACACACUAGUAAUACAGGUUAAGAAUAGUUUGCAUUCACAAUUAAAUAAAAAUUUCUUUCAACGAGAAGAAUUGAUCAGUUUGCCACAUUUGGUCAUUCCAUAGGAGCAACGCUAACGUUACAGCGCUCGAGCUAGCCAUCGAAAGGAAGGCUACAUUGUGUCAUCUAAUUUUGCCUUCCUUUUCUACGGAAGAGAAAAACAAGAACCAGAUACAAGAUGAGGCUAGUCGGGUCCAAGGAUUGUAACGAUUGAUCCUUCAUUCAAUGUCAUAAUGUCUGCUAAGUGUCUGCAUUGGGUAGGGUACCUAGGACAAUGACGCCUGCCAUUCCAGUAUUAUUCAGCUGUCCUUAUCUGACUCUUCAGCCCUGCUGAGGUGUGGUGUCGGAGAAGGUGAGUGAGAAUGGAUCAAGGCCCCCGCCUGCCAUGAGAUUGGAUACUUUUUUGGAACUUUAAUCAAGAGACAGGGAGGAAGAUGGAGAAAGAGGUGGCUGAGAGGGAGGUGGAGAUGGAGGGAGAGACAUGGACUGUAGAGGCAACUGAGGAGAGUCCUGAGGAGAGUCCUGAAGAGCUGCCCUCAGGUGUUCCUCCCCUCCCAUCUUCAACCGCCAUGCCCAACCAGUGGGAAGUCAGAGGAGAUGAGGAGGAAACUCAACAACCAGUUCCCAAUAAGGACAUGACGGACUAUAUCAAAGUUACCCCUCAGGAUAUCCCAUCCCCAGUCAUCCAGGAGGACUCUGAAGAUGUAGAAGCAGAGGAUUGUGGGAUCGCAGAUGCCAAUGAGGACGAUGAGGUCUCUCUGAGACAGGAGGGGGUGGAGCAUGUGGAGAGAGAAGAAAAUGAGGAGACGGAGGGUGGAGAUGAAGAGGAGAGCGGAGGGAAGGAGCCACGCAUAAACGGGGAGUCAGGCUGGAGGAGCUCAGGGGCCGGAGGGAGGAGAGGCCGGUCCCGGAACAGCGGAGGAGGAGGGGGGGCAGUCUCGGAGCAUAACACCCAGGCUACAUCAUCAUCCUCGUCCACCUACCUCCCUAAAGGUUCCUUGUCGUCGGGCGGUGGUAGGCACAAGCAGGCCCGGAGGCGCAACCACCACCAUCAACAGGGCCGGGGCCGGCGGCGGACGGGCACCCAGCUGGCCUUGGCCUUCAGGGAGCUGCUGUCGGAGUCGCUCAGCCCCUGGUGCAUCUCCUGCAUCCACAUGGUGGUGGAGAUCAUCGUCACCGUGACCCACCGAUGCGGGGUGGCCGUGGAGGCCGGAGGGGUGGCCCUCUACGACCUGGGCUCACAGCUGCUCAACAAGGUCACGGACGUGCCGGGGAUGAAGGCGGACGCCCAACGCGUGCUGGAGAGGGUAAGGUGCGCCUGGGCGGUCCUGGUGGAUAAGAGCGUCCGGUUGGUGAAAUGGGUCCGGAAGGCCUCCCUGAACUGCUUCAGCUUCCUCUGUGCCGUGGUGCUGCUGGGGUUCCAGUGGGCCCGGUUCAUGCUGGUCCGGCUGGGCGGGGAGAGGGCCCAGCGGUGGUGGACGGCCAUGCAGGACUCCAGGGUAUGGAGGAGGGUGGCGUCGCUGGUGGAGAGGGUCAGUGGCUGGUUCAGGAGGAGAGCCACCCAGGUGCCCCCCUUCACCCCAGAGUCUCCCGGUGGAGCAGGCAGAUACCAGCCUGGGAAGGAGCUGGAGAGACUGCUAGCGCUGGCUCAAGUCCCUGAGGAGGAGCUGGACCCUUUUACAGUGCUGGGGGUGGAGGCCCACGCCACUGAAGCGGAGCUAAAAAGGGCCUACAGACAGCUGGCUGUCCAGGUCCAUCCAGACAAGAACAAGCACCCGCGCGCUGGGGAGGCCUUUAAGGUGCUGAGGGCUGCCUGGGACAUCGUCAGUAACCCUGAGACACGGAGGGAAUACGACCUGAAGCGCAUGGCGCAGACAGAACUUUCCAAGUCGAUGAAUGAGUUCCUCACCAAACUGCAGGACGACCUGAAGGAAGCUAUGAACACUAUGAUGUGCACCAAGUGUGAGGGCAAGCACAGGAGGUUUGAGAUGGACCGGGAGCCUGCGGAGGCGCGGUUCUGUGCAGAGUGUAAUAGACGCCACAGCGCCGAGGAGGGAGACCUGUGGGCCGAGUCCAGCAUGCUGGGCCUACGCAUCACAUACUUCGCCUGCAUGGAUGGCAAGGUCUACGACAUCACAGAGUGGGCCGGCUGCCAGAGGAUAGGAAUCUCUCCAGACACACACCGCGUGCCCUACCACAUCUCCUUCGGAUCCAAGAACAACGGCAGCUCCACGCAGCGCCACAGGACACCUCCAGGCCCAGAGCACCCUCCUCCAGGCCCGACCAACCCCGCUGACCUGCAAGACUUCUUCAACCGCAUCUUCCAGGGGGGACCUCCCCCCGAUAUCGCUGCCAACGGGGGUUUCUUCCCUUCAGGACCGCCCCCCCAUCACCCCUCUGCUGCUGGACCGGGACCUAGUGGACCUUUCUCCCCUCCUCCACCUCAGACUGGCUUCUUCAUGCCUCCUGGAGGGCCCCGGCCGGAGCCCAGCGAGACGUGGGCCGAGAGCGGAGGCAAACCUCCGCCCCGCAGGAAAAAGAAGGUCCGCAAGCCCUUCCAGAGGUGAGAGCGGCCAUUGUUGUGAUGCAUCAUCGUAGCAACACGGGGACACUCAACACGCGGCCAUGUCUUUAUCUCUUGCUUGUCUGUCAGAGAGCCCGGACCUCCUCCUACUGUACAUGAGUCGAAGGAUCACUCGAGCUCAGGAAGAUUCACACUGGUCAGGGCUACCACACAACUCAAUGACUGACAACACAGAGGUCCCAAGCCAGAGAUGAGACUGGACCAUGUAAAAGAAGAAGAAACUAACUCCGAGUUGAAGUAUAUUUGGGGUUAGGAGGUGGCAGUCUUUUUGCUUCUCCCUCUUUCAUUUGUUUUCUUCUUGCGUGAAACAGCUGUAGCCAUGCCACUGAAAUCACAAGCCUAUUGCUUAUAAUGCAGACACAUUUCCUUAGGUCUUACUUUCCUGCACAAUCCUGCAUACACGAUUGCAUCAUUACAUGCCAUUGGACACUUUAGUUCUUGACACUUUUGUGAUAAAUGUUUUGGCAUAUGGUAAUCUAAUCUUGAUUCAUUUCUGGAUCGAACUGCUCAAGCUGAAUCCUGGGAGAAGACUGUCUCCAGAGAGAGGGCUGCUCUGCCCGUUACUGCUUGUACAUACCCUUCCUUCUGCCUGUUGCCUUCUUUGAUAAAUUGUUAGGUUAUCAUUUGAACAACUGCUUUUCUGCCAUUUUUAUUGCUUUGAAUGAAGUUAGAGUGAAAGUUUGUCACUAAUUUAUAUUGGAAAGUAAGUUUGUGGGGAAUGCUUUUCCACCUGAAUUAGAGUGAACGUUUGCUCCCUGCCAAACAUAGAUACGUUACAAAAGUAUGUGGACACCUGCUCGUUACAUCUUAUUCCAAAAUCAUGGGCAUUUAAAUGGAGUUGGUCUGC